CUCUGAAAAUACCAAUGCGAAGUAUAGGAGGAGUUGUUCAAGCACAAGUAGAAUAUAAGACCGUGGGAGUAGUAUAAAUUACAUGCUUCAUUGAGUAUUACUAGUGGCAACUUACAUUUCUCUUCAUUUGCACCCUUGAGAGUGAAUCAGUAUGGGCGAUCUUUAUAUGUUGAUGGAGGAUGAACAGUUAAGGAGGCUUGCACUCCUUCUGAGGAACCAAGAAGAGCCGCUGAGUCGGAGCAUCAAUUCGGAACCUGAUCGCAUCAAAUUCCUCAGAGAAUGCAACGAUGCUUAUGAUACCGUGAUCACACUGCUGGAAAACAGCAUUCAGUUGCGCAACAAGCAUGAGGCCUCCAGGGCUGAGCACGGCAAGAAGGCGGACAUUGCCAAAGACAUGCAAGACUAUGUCAAGUAUGGACUCAACUUGGGAAUGCAGUGCAUCCAGAAUUGCGGUAUGCGUGUGACCAUUGUCGAAAAAAUGAAGACGCACUUCGACGAGCUGGCCACUGAACUUAACACGACCGAUUCAAGAGACAUGAAGGAUUUCGCUAGCUUGGCUGAGGAAGUGGGGUUUUACAAGAAUUCUAUGUGGGAGUAUGUGACCAAGCUGCGAAGUCCAUCAGCGCGUGCUCAAUCCAAGGCUUAUUCGGAUGUACUCAGGCUACAGGGCAUUGAUUUUGGAACCCUUGUUACCACGCACAAGAACAAGCUUGGAUAUAAGGAUGCAUUCGAGUUUUUGGAAGAAGACCAGAAGCUUGAGGUAUACAAUAGCAUAAUUGAGGAAUCAGGGCGCGCAAAGAUGCCAGUGAUUUUCACAAGGAAAGACAUUCCCUGGUACAAACCGGGUGGGAUUGCAGCCCUGGCCAUGACUGCAGGCAUAAUGGCUUGGGACAUCUUCACAGCGGAACACAAGCUGGAGUCGGCAUUGAACAGCGCCGUCUCAGCACUGUCAGCCGCAGUGUCAUACGCAGUAAAAGUGUCUGUUACUUCGGCAGUGGGAUCCGUGGGAGUAAAAGCGGGUACUAUUGUGCUUUCAGCGGCUGGGUUCGUGGUGGGUGCUUUGGUUGGCAUUCUGUUUGCUGCAGCCACUGGUGCCAUUCUUGGAGUUAUAUUAGGCACUGGUGGUAAGGUGCCGCAGAACUUGGAUGACCUCAAGUUUUAUUCAGCUACCAUGCCGAAUGGCAUGGCCCUUGCUAAUCAGAUCUCACACUCUUGAAUUUCACCGCUGCAACUGCAUACAUGUCACCGCCUUGCAUCAUCUGUAUUGAUUGUAUAAAUUGAAUGCCGAGCAUGAUUGAAUAGCCCAAGUGGUGGGUUUAUCUUCUGUUGUCACUCAACAUCAUCUUGACGAUGGCUCAUCUUGAGAAGUAUUAGAAUAAAUGAAAAAAAAUGAACACCAAGAGGAUCCCGGCGACCCCUUUGGUGGCCACUAGUUUGCUCUAAAUUGUCUGUUUUCCGGAUAAUUUUCAUUACCAGCUGUAUUAUUUGGAGAGUAUUGAGUGGGAUUAAACUAUUCAGAAAGACCUGAUUGCCUUCUA